AUGGAUUCAUCUUGCCGACCACGCCGCAUUGUGCCUGUCUCGCUCGUUUUGUCUAUUCUUCUGUCCGUAGCCUACAUAGGCUCCAUCAUGAAAGAAGAAACCGUGGCCUCCGGGAUCAGAGCACUUGAUGAAAGCGCACUAGAAGCGUGGCACCAGCCUGGGAGCCUCCCUUCUGAAUUGCUAUUGGCACAGAUUAACCAUCCUAGAGUCGAAGAACAGCAGCAGCCCUCAAACCUUUCCAAAGCAGCUUUGCGCCGGUCGUUCCCCAAUCGAUGUCAAGCAGCGUCUUCGGGUGGCACCGCGGAGGACUUCUUUGUGCACUGCUCCGUGCCACACCAGAAAGGAGUCCAGGCUCUGGAGGCGUACCUUGACAAGAGGCUAGCGAAUUACUCUGGGAAUCCGGAGUGCAUGGGGGAGGUGUUAGAGUUCCACUGCCUCGAGUUUGCCAGCAGGCGAAAGGGCUGGUGUGACUGGACGCUGGCGCCAACAGUUCAGUCUCCGCUAGACAAGGACUUCCUCGUGCGACCAUCAAGAGACUUUGCUUCAGGUUUAGACGAGCCACCAAGUCGAGCGGACCACAAGCUGAUCUUUUUCUACCCCUCUUAUGCGUUUGUGUCGACGCUAGAGAGGUCACUUGUCGCUCUACAGCACCCCAAUCACAUCUUCCUCAUAAACGUAGACGCUCAAGAGUAUGCUGAUCCAGUGUUGGUCUCCGCCGCGCAAGAGCUCGCGACAAAGCUGAAUAGUGCGUACCAUGACAAUGUGUUCUUGGUUCAGCUAGGCCGCGUUGUCUAUGAGACUUCAUCGCAGGUUCUAGCAGCUUGGCCGUUCAUGAGGUGGUGUCUAGACCACGUCGGGGGGUGGACGCACUUCAUUCUGACGGAUGCGCAGACUUAUCCCCUGCUCUCAAACACAAAGCUGAGGGAGACGCUCUGGGACAGGCGGGACAAGAUUUUCUUCAAACAGUUUCCGUACAAGAUCAGCCCUGUGGGUGCAGACAAAGGAGCUGAGCUACGGCGGUAUAAGGAGAUUUUGCCAUACUGCGAAGGGUAUCGAAACGAGCGGCAUGUCUACUACCAGCAGGCCUCGGCACUGGGGAGCUGGACGGAUGACAAUGGGCAGCUUCGAGACGGGUAUAAGCGCGUAGAUUGGCUUGAAGUCCAGUUGCAGAUUGGCUGGCAGUUUGGGAAGGCGGGGGGAAACAUGGUCAUUGUACCUAGAGACCUUGCACAGUACUUAAUUCACUCGCCGGAAGCCAAGAUGUGGACACAAUACUUCAAGUACACGCAUAACGCGUGCGAGCAUCUUAUCGUUUCGCUUGUCCAAUACUACUUCAAAGAUAAAGUGGUGCAGGACUAUGGAUCUUGUUUCAUGCUGUGGGGGACAGGACCAGAAAACAUCAUACUUGGUGAGACAAACAUACAAAACAUGCGAGACGGAGACAUGCGGUGUUUGUUUGCUAGGAAGCUUAGGGUCCCAGAAUCCUUAGAGAUUUUAAGCAAGAUUGACAAGGAGCUUCGUGUUGACGUAAGUCCAGUUCCCGAGGCCAACGAAGACCAAUAA